GUCUGGGGCAGCUGGAUCUUUCUCCUCCCGGUUGCUGCAGCAAGCCCGCGAACUCGGGGCCGUCGCAAGAUCAGGAUCGUCUCCCAAGCUCCAGUGUCGGGCAGUACUGCGAGUACUGGUGCAUGGCACCGUCAGCUGGCCAGGAGCGGAAGGCCUACUUUGCCCGGGGGCGCUGAUAGUGGACUUUGGGCCAUUCUUGCCAUCGUGGUAUUCCUGGAGACCAAACAGCAAGGAUCCGACAAUUCUGUCGAAGUCCUUCAUGGCAAGUGCAGAGAUAGACCAAGAGUUCAUCGACAGGCUUGGUGCACCCUUUAUGCUGGCAGCUGAACGUGCCGCAUCCUUCUUCAUCGCUACGAAGUCCCCGACGCUUCGGAGUGUGUCUGAUGUGGCCAUGAUGGUUCAGUACCUGAGGCGCACCUUCCUUUUGUCGGUAGUGGAUCCAGAACGGUUGAACUCUGGAAUGUCUGACGGGAUGUCCAGCGUCAAGCCGAGACAGUCCAGCAUUGUCGGUGUAAGGUCCAGCAGACGUUUCAAGGCUUGGCAAUGUACCAGAUGUUUAAAACUCAAAAACUGUUUUUCUGAAUCGUUUUGA